AUGACACAAACAACUGAGAUUACGUCAAACUCUCCUACUACUGCAACUACGCUUCCAACUACUGUUUCCUCAACAGAAACGACACAAACAACUGAACCUACCACUGUGGUUACGACAAACUCACCUACUACUGCAAAAACGCUUCCAACUACUGUCUCUACAACAGAAACGACACAAACAACUGAACCUACAACUGUGGUUACGACAAACUCACCUACUACUGCAACAACGCUUCCAGCUACUGUCUCUACAACAGAAACAACACAAACAACUGAACCUACAACUGUGGUUACGACAAACUCACCUACUACUGCAACAACGCUUUCAGCUACUGUCUCUACAACAGAUACGACACUAACAACUGAACCUACAACUGUGGUUACGACAAACUCACCUACUACUGCAACAACACUUCCAACUACUGUCUCUACAACAGAUACGACACAAACAACUGAACCUACAACUGUGGUUACGACAAACUCACCUACUACUGCAACAACGCUUCCAGCUACUGUCUCUUCAAAAGAAACGACACAAACAAUUGAGAUCAUGACAAACUCUCCUACUACUGCAACUACACUUCCUACUACUGUUUCUACAACAGAAACGACACAGACAACUGAACCUACAACUGAGAUUACGACAAACUCACCUACUACUGCAACUACACUUCCUACUACUGUUUCAACAACAGAAACGACACAGACAACUGAACCUACAACUGAGAUUACGACAAACUCACCUACUACUGCAACUACACUUCCUACUACUGUUUCUACAACAGAAGCGACACAAACAACUGAACCUUCAGCUGAGAUUACGACAAACUCACCUACUACUGCAACUACACUUUCUACUACUGUUUCUACAACAGAAACGACACAGACAACUGAACCUUCAACUGAGAUUACGACAAACUCACCUACUACUGCAACUACACUUCCAACUACUGUCUCUUCAACAGAAACCACACAGACAGCUGAACCUACAACUGAGAUUACGACAAACUCACCUACUACUGCAACUACACUUUCAACUACUGUCUCUACAACAGAAACGACACAAACAUCUGAACCUACAACUGAGAUUACGACAAUCUCACCUACUACUGCAACAAUGCUUCCAACUACUUUGGAACCAUUAUUUAAAAACAAAUUCUCCUCCUUCAAUAGUCUGGCAGUUAUUAAGUUCCGUCGAGGGUCAGUCAUCAGUGACAUGAAUGUGACAUUUAGAGCCCAAUUACCCCCUACAGUGGACAUACAGAUCACUGUUUUCCAAGCCAACGCCACUCUUAAUAUCACCAGCGUAACAGUGACAGAGCUCACCACCACCACCACACCCAGUAACACUACACCUAUAACCACACCUACCACAACUAAUACAACUACAACCACCACAACAACUACUGCCAAACCUAAUACAACUACAACCACACCUAAUACAACUACAACCACCACAACAACUACUGCCAAACCUAAUACAACUACAACCACACCUAAUACAACUACAACCACCACAACAACUACUGCCAAACCUAAUACAACUACAACCACACCUAAUACAACUACAACCACCACAACAACUACUGCCAAACCUAAUACAACUACAACCGCCAACCUUAAUACAACAGCAACCACCACAACAGCGACAGCAACAACCACCACAACAACUACUGCCAAACCUAAUACAACUACCACCAGCCCUAGUACAACAACAAAAGCAACAACAACAACAACAACAACUGCAACAACCUCCACCACAACAACAACUCCAGCUACAACCACCACCACAACAACUGCCCCAGCACGUCCACCGCCAACUGUAGCUGUGCAGAUUGUCAUUAUAGAGGUUUUCAUUCCAGCAUUGGCGAACCCGAAAUCUACGGAAUUUAAAGAACUAGCCACAAGAGUGGAGACUAUGUUUGAUGUUGUCUAUAAACAAAAGUUUGGGCCUCGUUUCAUCAGGACCAUCGUGAUUGCGUUCAUAGCUGUUGCCAGAACCCGGGCAGAAUCGAAUGUACAAGCGGAGGUUGAGUUGGUGUUUAGUCAAGCGUCCACUGAACCGAUCCCCAGCAACACUGAAAUUGUGGAGACUCUGAAAGAAGCAGCUGCUAAUUCAACUGCAGGCUUCAACCUCACCCUUGAUGCCACCUCUAUUACUGUCAUUAAAUCAGUGAAGAUAAUUCCACUGACAAUCCUCACCAAUGGAUCCUUUGUGGCUGCUCUUUCAAAUAAAAAUUCUACUGAAUUUCAGAACAGGGCUACAAUGAUAAAAGCAGGGCUCGAACCUUUUUUCCUGGCUGAUUACCCUAAUUCAUUCAGCACCAUAUCUGUAACAAACUUCAGUGAUGCCAAUGUAAAAUUAAGGAGCGUGCCCUCGAUCCGAAACUCCAUGGAUCUUGUGUUUGGAGCGGACGCUGUUCUACCCAAUAGCACCCAGAUAGUGAACACUGUGGUACGAGCGGCCAGAAACAACACGCUACCCUUCCAGAUUUUCACUUCUUCAAUCAUAAUAAAUGGAACCGAAUUUUCAUCAGGUGAAGUCAGCAGCAGGAUCAGUGUGGUGACCGCUUCAUUCCUGGUUGCUGUCUCGCUUCUGGUUCCAUGGUUUAACUGAACCUAACCUCUCAUGCAAAUAUAACUGAUUCAGACGGGUCUGAAUAUUGCCUUCAGCUCAAGUGAAGGACUCAAAUGAAGCUACUGAUGCUGCUUAAUGAGUAGUAAUGAAAGUACUAUUUUAUAUAAUCCUAUUCUAAACAAUUCAAAAUCUAAGCUGUAAUGAAUUCCACAUUGGUUCUGGAUCUACAUGUUCUGGUAAAUGUUCUUCAGAAUCCAUCAUUGUGCACUUUACUAUUAACUCUCACAGCGGUUCUGUUUAGUAAGGACACUUUAAAACACAUUACACAGGUUUUCAGAUUCUAAAGUCUGCUCAAAUAUUUUAGGAAAAGAGGUAUCAAGUAACAGUUAAUAAUAUGAGAGUUUUAGCAAUAUAAUGAUAUCAGAUCAUAACUCGCUACUUCACUUAAAUUACAUAUCAAAACAGAUUAAUAAAAAAUAGAACACAAUUAUGUGCUGACAGAGGGACAAGGUUGAUUUAAAAUGUUUUCUCUCUUUAGAUCUCAUAUAGAUCUCAUACACACAUACUUCUAGCCCUUUAAAAUGCAGCAUAGCUGCUCUUCUGAAGCAGAAUGCAAGCCAUGCAUUAGAAAAUGUUAAAGGUUAUGCUGGCUGACUCUGAACAGUCUGGAACUGAACUGAAAGGAUGAAGUGUUUCGAUGCUAACAAAACCUGUAAAACGACUCCAAAGAAUGACAACUAGCCACAGGAUAUGACAUCAGUCUAAGGGAAAAACUUGCUCUGAUAAUAUUAUAUAUUAACAUGAAAACCUGUACAACAACAACAACAACAACACACUUCAUAGUCAAAUGCAAAAUUUUAUGCACUUGUAUCAUACCAGUAUUUUAUUUAUUCUAGCAAAAAUAAUCUAAUAUUUUCAAAGUUAAUUUAAUUCUGAACUCAAAGGGCUUUUCUGGGAAAUGUAUUGCUUGUUGAUAUUGUUCACACUGGAUGUGGUAAACCAUGUAAUGGUUAGCAAGCGCACAAGUGAAAAGAUCAUAGAGCACAGUGAGCAUACAAACACUGUUGGAUAUCAGACUGUAUGAAAUACAAAUUAUGUUUCAAUUCUGUUUAUGUAAUAUUUAUAACUUUUCCGGAUAACAGUCAAUGUUGCAUCUAUGUGCUAUAUAAACAGUGAUAAAUAAAAGCAAUCAUUCUCAUCU